CAAGCGCUUAACCUCAUUGGGGUGGAGAAGGCGGCGGCUGUCUGGACGGCAGCUGCAACAGUAGCGAAUAAUACGACUAAUGGACUGCUGAAUUAUGAAGAAUUUCAGACCCAAUAGUAGAACCUCACUUGGCCACUCACUCCUUUAUCUUCUACUAGUUAUUUAAAUUGGACUUUUAAUAUCCUACCAGCUGCUCUUCAGACACACAUGGUGCAUUGUUGCCAUUCCCCGGAUUGCAUCUUUGAAACACAGGCUCUUAGUAGCUUUCAGCGAACAAAGAGGCAACCUCCUGGGUACAUUUACUGGGAGGGUGUCACCCUGACUGCCCUCUAGCUUCUGCCGGAUCUGGAUUUGAAUUCCACCAUGGAGCCUCGCAUGGAGUCCUGCCUGGCACAGGUGUUGCAGAAGGAUGUGGGGAAACGACUGCAGGUUGGCCAAGAACUUAUAGACUAUUUCUCAGACAAACAGAAGUCUGCUGACCUUGAACAUGACCAGACCAUGUUAGAUAAACUUGUGGAUGGGCUUGCUACCUCUUGGGUGAACUCUAGCAAUUACAAGGUGGUUCUUCUCGGCAUGGACAUCCUGUCCGCGCUGGUCACCCGGCUGCAGGAUCGGUUCAAGGCGCAGAUUGGCACAGUGCUGCCAAGUUUAAUAGACAGACUGGGAGACGCUAAAGACUCUGUGCGAGAGCAAGACCAGACUCUGCUGCUGAAGAUCAUGGAUCAAGCUGCUAAUCCCCAGUAUGUGUGGGACCGAAUGCUGGGAGGCUUCAAGCACAAGAAUUUCCGGACUCGGGAAGGCACGUGCCUCUGCCUUGUUGCCACACUCAAUGCCUCUGGAGCACAUACUUUAACACUAAGCAAGAUUGUGCCACAUAUAUGUAAUUUACUUGGAGAUCCAAACAGCCAGGUUCGAGACGCAGCAAUAAACAGCUUAGUGGAGAUUUACAGACACGUGGGAGAACGUGUGAGGGCAGACCUCAGUAAAAAAGGAUUGCCGCAGUCCCGGUUGAAUGUAAUUUUUACAAAAUUUGAUGAAGUCCAAAAAUCUGGAAACAUGAUACAAUCAGCAAACGAUAAAAAUUUUGAUGAUGAAGAUUCUGUGGAUGGUAAUAGACCUUCCUCUGCUAGUUCUACAUCGUCCAAAGCUCCGCCCAGCUCACGGAGAAACGUUGGAAUGGGGACCACCCGCCGGCUUGGGUCAUCCACUCUCGGAUCCAAGUCUUCAGCUGCAAAAGAAGGAGCUGGUGCUGUUGAUGAAGAGGACUUUAUUAAAGCAUUUGAUGAUGUACCUGUAGUGCAGAUUUAUUCCAGCCGAGACCUUGAGGAAUCCAUAAACAAGAUUAGGGAAAUAUUAUCUGACGACAAGCAUGAUUGGGAGCAAAGAGUAAAUGCUCUAAAAAAGAUAAGAUCUUUACUUUUGGCUGGUGCUGCUGAGUAUGAUAACUUCUUUCAACAUUUGCGUCUGUUGGAUGGAGCCUUUAAACUAUCUGCUAAGGACCUGCGGUCUCAGGUAGUGCGGGAGGCUUGUAUCACGUUGGGGCAUCUGUCAUCAGUUCUGGGAAAUAAGUUUGACCAUGGAGCUGAAGCCAUUAUGCCAACUAUCUUUAAUUUAAUUCCAAAUAGUGCCAAAAUUAUGGCCACAUCCGGUGUUGUAGCUGUUAGGUUAAUCAUUCGGCACACACACAUCCCUAGGCUAAUACCUGUCAUAACAAGCAACUGUACCUCUAAGUCUGUCGCAGUUAGAAGGCGCUGUUUUGAAUUUUUAGAUUUACUUUUACAAGAGUGGCAGACACAUUCACUGGAACGACAUAUAUCAGUAUUAGCCGAAACAAUAAAGAAGGGAAUACAUGAUGCGGAUUCCGAAGCAAGGAUAGAAGCCAGAAAGUGCUACUGGGGUUUUCACAGUCACUUCAGCAGAGAAGCAGAGCACUUGUACCACACCCUCGAGUCCUCCUACCAGAAGGCCCUGCAGUCCCACCUGAAGAACUCCGACAGCAUCGUGUCUCUGCCCCAGUCCGACCGCUCAUCCUCGAGCUCUCAGGAGAGUCUGAACCGGCCACUCUCUGCCAAAAGAAGUCCUACUGGAAGCACCACCUCUAGAGCUUCUACAGUUAGUACCAAAUCCGUGUCAACGACCGGAUCGCUCCAGCGGUCUCGAAGCGAUAUUGACGUGAACGCAGCAGCCAGUGCCAAGUCCAAGGUGUCCUCGGCCUCGGGAGCUACGCCUUUCAGCUCAGCAGCAGCCUUGCCUCCUGGGUCAUACGCAUCCUUAGGUCGGAUCCGCACGAGACGGCAGAGCUCCGGGAGCGCCACCAACGUCGCCACCACGCCUGACAGUCGAGGCCGCAGCCGCGCCAAAGUGGUUUCACAGUCCCAGCGAUCCAGAUCUGCUAAUCCUGCUGGUGCCGGCAGCCGGUCAAGUUCCCCAGGGAAAUUGUUGGGAAGUGGUUAUGGUGGCCUUGCUGGGGGUUCCUCAAGAGGCCCACCUGUGACCCCCUCUUCAGAAAAACGAAGCAAGAUUCCCAGGAGUCAGGGAUGUAGCCGAGAAACAAGUCCAAACCGAAUAGGAUUAGCACGGAGCAGCCGUAUCCCUCGACCCAGCAUGAGUCAGGGGUGCAGCCGUAAUACCAGCUGUGAGAGCAGCCGCGAUACGAGCCCCGCUCGGGGCUUUCCUCCACUCGCCUCUCGACGUCAUUCCAGGUCCACUAGUGCCCUCUCCACUGCUGAAACUGUUGGGCAGUCAGACCGGUUUGGGCUUGGCCAGGCAGGAAGAAUACCUGGCUCUGUGAAUGCCAUGCGAGUUUUGAGCACAAGUACAGACCUUGAAGCUGCUGUUGCCGAUGCUUUGAAGAAGCCUGUGAGGAGGAGGUACGAGCCGUAUGGGAUGUAUUCGGAUGAUGAUGCCAAUAGCGAUGCCUCGAGUGUUUGCUCUGAGCGCUCGUAUGGCUCCAGGAAUGGUGGCAUUCCCCAUUAUCUGCGGCAGACUGAGGACGUAGCAGAAGUUCUCAACCACUGUGCCAGUUCCAACUGGUCAGAAAGGAAAGAAGGGCUUCUAGGCCUGCAGAACUUACUGAAGAGCCAAAGAACACUGAGUCGAGUAGAAUUGAAAAGAUUGUGUGAGAUCUUCACCCGAAUGUUUGCUGACCCUCACAGCAAGAGAGUUUUCAGUAUGUUUUUGGAGACUCUUGUGGAUUUUAUAAUAAUUCAUAAGGAUGACUUGCAAGACUGGCUUUUUGUUCUUCUCACACAAUUACUUAAGAAAAUGGGAGCAGAUUUACUUGGAUCUGUGCAAGCAAAAGUUCAGAAGGCUCUAGAUGUCACCAGGGACUCCUUUCCAUUUGAUCAACAGUUUAACAUUUUGAUGAGAUUUAUUGUGGAUCAAACUCAAACUCCUAACCUCAAGGUCAAAGUUGCAAUCCUGAAGUACAUUGAGUCCCUUGCUCGGCAGAUGGAUCCAACAGAUUUUGUAAACUCUAGUGAGACGAGGCUUGCUGUUUCUAGAAUUAUAACCUGGACGACAGAACCAAAGAGUUCAGACGUGAGAAAGGCAGCACAAAUUGUGCUGAUCUCUCUGUUUGAAUUGAACACUCCUGAAUUUACCAUGUUACUUGGUGCCUUGCCAAAAACAUUCCAGGAUGGUGCCACCAAACUCCUGCAUAACCACCUCAAGAAUGCCAGUAACACCAGUGUGGGCUCUCCGAGCAAUACAAUUGGCCGGACUCCCUCCCGACACACCAGCAGCAGGACCAGCCCCCUGACCUCCCCCACCAACUGUUCCCAUGGGGGCCUAUCUCCCAGUCGGUUGUGGGGUUGGAGUGCCGAUGGCCUAUCGAAGCACCCACCUCCCUUUUCUCAGCCCAACUCCAUUCCCACCGCUCCCUCCCACAAGACUCUCAGGCGUUCUUACUCUCCCAGCAUGCUGGAGUAUGAUACAGAGAACCUGAACUCUGAAGAAAUUUAUAGUUCUCUGCGUGGAGUUACGGAAGCCAUUGAAAAGUUUAGUUUUCGAAGCCAAGAGGAUCUGAAUGAGCCAAUUAAACGGGAUGGCAAGAAGGACUGUGAUAUUGUGUCCCGCGAUGGUGGAGUUGCCUCGCCUGCCACUGAGGGCCGGGGAGGCAGCGAUGUGGUGGAAGGAGGCAGAACAGCUCUGGAUAACAAGACGUCCCUCCUCAACACCCAGCCUCCACGCGCCUUCCCAGGGCCGCGGGUGCGAGACUACAAUCCGUACCCCUACUCCGACACCAUCAACACCUAUGACAAGACAGCCCUGAAGGAGGCCGUGUUUGAUGAUGACAUGGAGCAGCUUCGAGACGUACCCAUUGACCAUUCUGACUUGGUGGCUGACCUUCUGAAAGAGCUGUCCAACCACAACGAGCGGGUGGAGGAACGGAAAGGUGCCCUGCUGGAGCUGCUCAAGAUCACCCGGGAAGACAGCCUGGGCGUCUGGGAGGAACACUUCAAGACCAUUCUGCUCCUGCUGCUGGAGACGCUCGGGGACAAAGAUCAUUCCAUCCGAGCACUAGCAUUGAGAGUUUUACGGGAAAUUCUGAGAAACCAGCCAGCAAGAUUUAAAAACUACGCCGAGCUGACCAUCAUGAAGACUCUGGAAGCUCAUAAAGAUUCCCAUAAGGAGGUAGUGCGUGCGGCCGAGGAGGCGGCGUCCACGCUGGCCAGCUCCAUCCACCCAGAGCAGUGCAUCAAAGUCCUCUGUCCCAUCAUCCAGACGGCCGACUACCCCAUCAACCUCGCCGCCAUCAAGAUGCAGACCAAAGUCGUCGAGAGGAUUGCCAAGGAGUCCUUGUUGCAGCUCCUCGCCGACAUCAUCCCGGGCUUGCUACAGGGUUAUGACAACACCGAAAGCAGCGUGCGUAAGGCCAGCGUGUUUUGCUUAGUGGCAAUUUAUUCUGUAAUUGGAGAAGAGCUGAAACCUCACCUCGCACAGCUCACGGGGAGCAAGAUGAAACUACUAAACUUAUAUAUAAAGAGGGCCCAGACCACGAAUAGUAACAGCAGCUCCUCAUCUGACGUGUCCACACACAGCUAAUGGCAGCGCCGGAGUCUCUUCGUGUAGCCCUAGAAGCAGUCGGUGGUGCCUCUCCGAGACCUUCCCCCACCCUCCCCCGCAUCGGCUGCCCAGUCAGUACAAGGAGGCCCGCAAAUAUUUAUUACAAUCAGUAUUUUGGUCCCUUGCAGCUUCUGUGUAGAAUCUUACUGGUAUUGAAUGUAAAGGAAGCAAGGCCUGUAGUGCAGUCCUCAAAUGGAACAAAUGGAAUAAGAAAAGAGCCAUACUUAAACGCGUCUUGUACAGCCUGCUGAGAUCAUAAAACCAUGUGUGUGGGGUGCAGUUUCAAAAAAUCGGAGCUCUCUGGCCAAUACUUGGUAGAAAGUAGCAUUUUCUCUUAGUUACUAACAUUUGAGGAAGGUAUGUUAAUUUGUGCUUCUCUCUCAUCUUCACUUACUUCCUUCUGGAUACGGCCUGUGAUGCCAGGAAAGGGUCGUACGUCUUUCAGUUGUAUUGUGAGACCUACUAAGAAUGUGCGUCAAGUCUUGGCAAGAAACAGAGAAAAGCCUGAAGACGGUCUUGUAACAACCACGUGGGAUUCUGCUUGUACACGAUCUAGCCUGGAGGCCCAGGGCCCCCUCUGCAGGCUCCUUCCAGGAUGGACUCCCCGCCCCUCUGAACGCUCUACUCGCGAUGUCCCCGCCCAGAGCUUCCAGUCGAAAGAAUUCUUUCUUCCGUUUAAAUCCAAACACAAAAAUCAAGGUAAAUCUGUAGCAGCCGUUCGUGGGUGCCUAAGGUGGCAUUUCAUGAAGCUGGAGGGUACAGAAGAAGGUGCGUGUGUGUGAGUGUUCCACUCCUCAGCUCUUGGGAAAACACUCUGUUAACAGGGCUCCGCCUUGACCCUGGUGCUUGGUGGUUCGGAUUUUUAGACUUAGCGCCCUCUCUUUGCCUCCCCCGCAGCCUCUGCCUCAGCUGCUCAGUUCUGGAGUGUUCUCUGUCAGUCUGGUAAACGGCAACUCUGCCAUCCCGGUUUUGACUUCUUGGUUUAAUAUAGGAGUAAGAUCAAAGAAAAGUCCAGAAAGGCCAAGUAUCAGAAUCUUUUUUUUUUUUUUUUUAAUUUUAUGGACAAAAGUACUUCCUUGCUCAUCUGUUGAAAUAGUCCUUCUUGUUUAAGGAAAAAGUAAUUUGGCGGCUAGCAAAUUGCAGAAAAACAGGAUUUGAAACCCAGUUUCAAAGUCUGUUUCCUUUUCUCCAAUGAGAAAUGAUCAGAGAAACUACCCUUACAAAUUUUUCUUAAGGGUUUGAUUGCUCCAGUAAAAGGAACUCUAGAUUUGGAAUCUGGUUAAAUACAUUUCGAGUAAAAUUCUUAAAGCCAAAUGGAAAUGCUUGAUGUCAUCGCAAAGGCUUCUAUCCUCUGUCUAAAUGGAACUGGUUUUUCCUUCUGGAAAAUGCCUACUCUGGUGGUAUUUUUUUAAUGAGAUGUUUGCUGUUCCGAUGCAGAAUCCCCUGCAGCCUGCAGCCCUGAGAACAGAGACUGUGUGGGGUCCCCGCGGACAUCCACAGACCCCCCUGCUCUGGCCCUCCGCCUUGUGUUGGAAGUUGCGACACCGUAGCACACGUAAACUCAGUUUCAUUCGGAAUUUAUUUUAGAUACUUUAUUUGGAACUAGGCACUGAAAAUGAAGGUCCAGGAACAGUGAAGCCAGGGUGCCUUCACUGAGAGAGAGAGAGAGAGAGAGAGAGCGAGAGCGUGUGUGUGUGUGUGUGUGUGUGUGUGUGUGUGCGCGCGCGCGCAGGGGGUAUCUUGCACAUGGAAGGAAGUACCCCACUGCUGCUGUUGAAGGAACUUCAGGGGUGCAUUUUAAGUGGUUGAAUAUUGACUUAUUUUUGGCUCAGAACAUAGCAGGACCAGGCCUUACUUUCAUUGAUAAAUACCGUUUGUUAAUAUUUCACUAAUGGGAUUUUCUUUUUACACUCGACAAGUGGGUCAGGGCACCUUUUGAUUACUCCUCUGUUGUAGAAACGUGCAUUCUGGCUAGGUUAUUUAUGAGUUCUUUUACACCUGAUGCGUUUGGAAACACCUUCCUCCUUGAACUCUCUGACUCCCUGGUCUCCCGGUCCCCGCCGCCUACAGUUGGGAAGAAUCUUGAACAUUGCCGAGUUGUCCUCACAGUACUCCCAAAGGGCUAGCCUUGAAUGUCACUUCCCCAACCUUCAGUCUCCCGACCUAGAGAGAGCUACAAUCACUUACAGGUCUCUUGGCCUCAGUCAAAACCCUGCCCUCGCCGCCGGGGAGACUCGCAUGCUGCCACCACCUCAUGGGGAGGGAGCUGCGCCUGCGUCGCCUUCUGAACCCCGGACAGCCGCCACCGCCUCCCAGCAGGCCUCCUGUUUGGCCCAAACACCACAAAGAGCAAAGCACCCAAAACUGCGAAAUGUGUUUGCCUCCCCCUUCACCUGACCGUCCAGGACCCUGACGAACCCACCCACACAAGCCUCCCUCCCGCUGGGGCCGGCUUCCCUCCUGGCUCCUACUUGGCACGGUGCGGCCGGCAGGCUGAGGCCGAGGGUGGGCAUGCAGCUUCCUUCAAGUACACCGUGUGUGCUUCGCUGGGCCGGCGCCGCGGACAGCCCGGGACUGCCUCUCUGUGGCUCCCCCCGGCUUCUCCUCUCCUGUGCAGGUGAUGCAGCUGAUCCUGGUCUCCUCUGUCUUUUUCUUUCCCUGCCGCCCUUUAUUUAUCAAGCAUAAUACUACAUGUUAACAGCAAGUAAGAACUUUGUAGAAUCCCACCAGGACUUUGCUAACAAUGAUGUUUGGAAAUGAAAAAAAAAAAAAAAAAACCCCCUGAAAACUAUCGGCCACCAAAAUAGUUUUGUCGGCACUGUGUUCACACGCAUGGUCCCCACACCCCCAGGUUGGGUUUUUUGGGUUUUGUUUUUGUUUUUUGGGGGCUUUUCAUGUUACAUCCAUAUCUGUAUUUAUAUCUUAUUUGUUUCACUUUCAAGUGUAUCAUGGCAAAUGUACAGAUUUUUUUUGUUAAUAAUGUGCUAGGAUUUGCUAAAAAAAAAAACAAACAAAAAAAACCCUUUUGAGUUUGCCCUAGAAUAAAUGAAACUUAAUUCA